AUGGACCAUAACGAUUCACAACAGGGAUCUUCGCCUCCAUUUGUGAACGCGGCACAAGCUGCACAACGGAGACUUCGUAACGUGGACAGCGUAAACCGUCGUACCAGAGAAGCCAAGAUGGUGUCUAGCGCUCUACCACUCUUCUUGCCAGAUAUCAAAUUCAAUGGAAAGCUCUCAUGCUGCAAAGAAUACGAAAAGGAGGGACUCCUCGACCACCAGAGAGGUCGCCAUUCCUUUUCGUGGAAUAGACUGGCAUGGGCAAUUCAGAAGCAUGUGGAUCCGAAAUGCAUCGAACGUUAUCUUGGGAGCUACGAUCAGUCUGUGAUGCAGAAUGAGCUCCUGGAUUCGACUUCACCAGCCUCAGAGGAUGGGAAUAUGUUCCCAAUACUGUACUUUGCUGCAGAGCGAAACUCUCGAGAAAUUGUGAACAUGUUGUGCUAUAGAGGCGCAAAUAUAGGUGCCAGGGCCCAACCAUCGGGAUUGCCUCUAUUGGCAUAUACGAUCAUGAGCGCCGAGUACAAUCUCUCGGACACGACAGACACCGUUGUCGCUUUGCUAUCGAUGGGUGCAAUACCCAACGACAUACCUCGGGAUAUGUGGUGUGACUACGUUGCGCGUCCAAAGAAUGCGGAUCCUAAGGAUUCGCUAGCUAAGAAUGUUGGUGAAGAGUGGUGUACAGCAGAGAUACGGGAUGCGCUUUGUAGGACCCUCAACCUCAUGCAGCGAUACUUUCUCUGGAAAGCCGAGCGUACUGAGCGGCCAACGAGUAGGAAGAAGCAGGUUGCGCAUGCCCACAACAUGAUGCCACUUUUCGAGCUUCCCUACCGCAUCAUAGGGCAAACAACAGCGACUAAGCAGGUCGAAGAAGCCGUUGCCAGUCGUCUCUUAUACAGCACCACGCAACCGCUCGUCUUGCUCUUCACGGGUCCUAGUGGUCAUGGGAAGACCGAGCUAGCCAGUAGCCUCGGUCAUCUCUUAUCGCUUCCGAUCCUGACGGUAGACUGCUCUGUAUUGCACCAUAGUACCGAUUUAUUGGGCAUGCAUGCCGGUUAUGAGGGAUGGCAACAGGGUUCCCCACUCAGCGCUCACCUUGCGCAACAUGCUGGUGCAAGAAACGUAAUCUUCCUAGACGAAUUUGACAAGACCACAGAAGAUGUACGCCAAUCACUGCUUCUGCUAUUUGAGGGCAAAUACACUGAUCGCCGCAACAACAAGUCGCUGGAUUGCUCAAAGAGUAUCUGGGUCCUAGCGGUAAACUUGGGCGUGCCAGCCAUGAUCAAGUUCUGGGAUGACCAUCUCAAGGACAGAAGCCAAGGACAGCAGGACAAAGCUCCUUUCAAAGAACUGAAUGGGUUAUUGAGGCAGAUUGUCAAGAGAGAGUUCGGAUCGCCUUUGGCCAGAAGGUUGACAGAUAUUGUGCCGUUUCUACCGUUCAAUGAGGGUGAGCAGGCGGUCGCCACCUACAAAUUCAUGCGCACUCUUUGGCAAGAAGUUCGCAAGCCUAUAAACGUCGAGUCAAACGACCUCCUACGAAACAUCUUUCUCGAUUUCGUCGAUGAUGGACAAAUUGCCAAACACCUUGCGGCAGAACAUUACGAUCCACAGGAAGGCGCCAGCCAGCUCCACAACGCCGUGGGCCGUGAGAUACGUGGGCGGCUUACAAGAGCGUGGUACCGAGGGAAGGGAAUUAUUGUCAAUGAGACGAUUGAGCAGCCACUGGCGAAGUACGACGUCAGCGUGGUUACCACAUCCAAGGACGACAACGAAGUUGCUGUGAGAUGCGUAGGCACUUGCAGGCUUCAGCUUCGGCCCGAGACUUCGACAGCACGUGAGAGGUUGAAAGGAAAAAAUCCGAUGGAAGCAGCUAUUGAUGAGGUCCGAGGUUCAACCGAGCAGUCUUGGCACUGA